UCAAUUCAAUUUUAGAUAUUGUAUUGCAAUUUGUAUUGGUGGCAACGAAACCAAAAGCCCCAUUAGAGAAGAAGAAAGAAGAAGAAAGAAGAAGAGUGAAGAGUGAGGAGUGAGGAGUGAGGAGUGAGGUUAGGGUUAGUUUGUGGUGCUCCAAUUUCGGAACGAAUCUCUAACCGAAUUAUUUUCAUCUUUGAGAAAGUAAAACCAAAACCCCAUUUCCAUUCCAUAUUAAAUAUUCAAAUUCAUUUGUUUGGUAUAGAUAAUAUGUAGAAGAUUGUAAUGGAAUUAUUAGUAUUGUAUGGUGUAUUGCCAUUGCCAUUGCCAUUGCCAAUGUCAGUUCUUGAACCCCAUAGUUGAGCUGGGUAGCUUUCCUUUUCGAAAAUGAAACCCAAAACAAGUGCUUCUUCUUCUUCUAGGUCUUUUCAGGGAGAUGGCCCCAAUUGGGUACUCAUUGCUGGGGGUGCGUUGUUAAGUACCUUAUCAAUUCGCCUUGGUUACAAGCUCAAGCAAGCUAUUGACAACAAUCCCAACAACACUUUCAGACCUGCUCCUAAAAAUGCAAAAUUUUCUGAAAGAAGGAAAUCCUCCUCCUCCUCACGUUGCCCUACCCACUCAAAUCUCUAUACCUUUACUGAAGAUCAUGAUGCCACUUGUUUCAAUUGCUUAUCAGGUAAAGGAGGUGGUAUGGACCUUUCAUGCCAACAAGAUAACCAGAUGAUGACCGAACCUGAUGGUUCUCUGCCUUUGGUGACAGUUCCAGGUCCCGAGUUUAACAAAGACAAUGGUGUAAUGUGGUCAUCUUCUCCUGAUCGACUUGAGCUGCCUCCAAAGCCCUUUAACCACCAUUCAAACUGCUCAGAUUCACCAUGUGUCUCAGAAUCCGGCUCUGAUGUCUAUAGCAAGCGGGAAGUAAUUCACAAGCUAAGGCAGCAACUGAAGAGAAGGGAUGAUAUGAUAUUGGAGAUGCAAGAUCAGAUUGUUGAGUUACAGACUUCAUUUAAUUCUCAGCUAGCACACUCAACCCAUUUGCAGUCCCAGAUUGAUGCUGCAAACAGGGAACUGUUUGAUUCGGAAAGAGAAAUUCAGAGACUUAGGAAAGCCAUAGCCGAUCACUGUGUGGGACAAUCCAAUGACAAGUCCUCCACAGUUCCGAGUUGGUCAUCUGAGUGCAUAAAUGGUCAUGCAAAUGGGUAUCACGAUGGAGAAAGCAAUCUCGAGGUAGCGGAGAAAGGAAGAGGCGGGGCUGAGAAGAUUGAGAUGCUGAAGAGGGAAAUUGGAGAAUUGAAAGAGGUAAUAGAAGGAAAAGACUACUUGUUGCAGAGCUACAAGGAGCAGAAGGCCGAGCUUUCGUUGAAGAUCAAGGAGUUGCAGCAGAGACUGGAUUCACAGCUCCUUAACAUUUUGUAGGAAGCUCCCAAUUUUGUGCAUUCUUUGCUUGUUGUUAUCUCUUGAUUUUCAGAUUCCAAAUUUCCGAGAAUCCAUUCCAUAAUUUCCAUUAACAUUACAUUACAUACGUAGUUUAGAUUUUGUUUUUGUUUUGUUAUAUAUUUGUUGUAGCUGUUUGUACUUUGUAUGGGUGCUGAGCAUGAACUUGAGUGAAACAAGUUAAUGUUUGGAAUUGAGUUGGCUUUCAAAAUUUGUUUGUUCCGCUUGAAAAAAGAGGAAAAGAAAAAUCAGGUAAUUGGUUUUAAUUACUUCAAA